AUGGCUGUCAGAAUAGGUGUGUCGCUUGACUUGUUGGGCACGCUCGUGGAGGUGUACCCCUCCACCGGGUACCAAUCCGCUAUUGACAUGAACCGCUUCCUGCAGAAGAAAAGUCUACGUGAAGUACCCAUGAACGUGGGCGUACUGGAAAGGAAUUUUGUCCGGGCAUUCAAGACUGAGGUCUCCAAGGACCGUGCAAAGUGGGUGGCGCAAGGUCUAGGUGAGGCAAGUGAGAUGCCUAUUGGAGGCUUGACGAAGGAAUCCGUUGCAGACCUUUGGUGUCGCAUCGUCAACGCCACGUAUGAUCGCAAUGGAGACUUUUGCAAUCAUGACGCAACCGUUAUGUCCGUUAUACAAGAGGUACGUGACACGAGUGAAUGGAAGAGAUUUCUUCAAGGCAUUGUGGAUCGUUAUGCCACACCAGAUCCAUAUGGCUGGCUUCCCGAGGCGCUGCCGACGCUUCGUUGGCUUAAGCAAUGGCGGGAGACGCAGAUGCCACCGAACAUUCAGUGCGAUCCACCGGCAAUUGUGACCAACUCAGACCAUCGUUCACUCACCAUGGUACGCGCUAUGGUGGAGCGUGAUGGCGACGCGGCUUUGCUCGGUCCAGUAUUGACCGCCGAUGUGAUUGGUGCGGGCAAGCCGUCUCCAAAGGGGAUUCUGUUGGCCGCCAAGGCAUCCGGUGUUCUAUCACUGCGCCACUGGAUACAUGUUGGAGAUGCGGAGGAGGACCGUGUGGCGGCAGAACGUGCUGGUUGUCACUUUUGCUUAUGUUCGAAAACGCAGGGCCCUGUGUGGAGCGAGCUGCGCGCGAAACUAGAAGAGGCUUGUAACUCCGCUGUUGGGCUUCUGCGGUACGCAUAA